CAUAAAGCCAGUCAGUCAACAGCUUAACGGCUAGAGCGUCAGUCACCGUCCCAAUGUCGGACCUCAGGCAAUACAUCAGCGACAACGUGCUACGUUUCCUAGGGGCUUCGGACAGUAGCACGGUAGACUAUAUCCAAACCCUCGCCACUUCCUCCAAGAACGCCAACGACCUCUACUCGAACCUCUCUGCGAACGGUCUCCCCGAUACUCCCGAUGCACAGGCGUUCGUGUCGAACCUGUACGGGUUGUUGCCCCGGAAGAAGGGUCUGGGGAGUAGUAGCAGGUCGGAAGGCAAGGAGAGGAAGAAGGACAAGGAGACGUCGAUGUUGCUGCAACAGCCGCAGUAUAGCUUGAUGCUAGAAGACGAGCCGGGGCCAUCACGGAAGGAUAAAAAGAAGAAGCGGGACAAGGAGAAGGACAAGGGCAAGGAGAGGGAUCGAACGGACAAGGAGGACAAGCCUUCCAAGUUGAUAGAGGGAUUCAAGGAGGAUGGUUCGGAUAGGAAAAAGAUUCAUCGGUCGACACGAAAACGAGAGGUCGAUGGGAACGAAUGGGUCAGCGAUGAGGAGGAGAAGGAGAGGGAGAGGAAACGGAUGAGAGAGUAUUCACCCGAUAUGCGGGAUAGGGAUAGGGACGAGGACGAUCGAUAUGCUCGUCGAGGCGACCUAGAGGAAGAGGACGUCAAGCCUCAAGAGACCGAGGCGGAACGUAUAGCCAGAGAGGAAGAGGAGGAUGCGAGGGAACGAGAUGCUUUCGCAGAGAGGAUGAAGCAGAGGGACAAGGAUUCGACGAAAAAGCUCGUCACCGACCGUUCGUCCAAGGGGGACCAGGAAUCCGGAGCGAGACGAGACUUGGCCAACGACCCGGAGGCUAGGAGAGACGCCUUGCCUGGAUUGCGGGAACAUUCUAGGCAGGAGUACUUGAAGAAACGUGAGCUUCAGAGGAUCGACCUGCUCAAGCUCGAGAUCCAGGAUGAAGCCAUCAUGUUCCGUGGUCAAAAGUUGACGAAACGGGAGAUGGCGGAGCACGACAAGAAGAAGGAGUUGCUCAGGAUCAUGGAGGAAAGAGCCAAGAUCGAUGAUGGCACGGACGGAUACGUCAUGCCGGAAGACUAUAUCACCGAACAGGGCAAGAUCGACCGCAAGAAGAAGCAAAACGUCUUGUACAAACGUUACGACGACAACAAGAAGGACGAAGGACAAUUCGUCACCGAUGUCGAUCAGUGGGAACAGAGGCAGACGGAGCAGAGCACGUACAAGACGGGAGCUAUGGACAAGGCUUUCGUCGAGGAAGAGUACGAUUACGUGUUUGAUGAGAGUCAGGCGAUCAAGUGGGUCCAGGAGGGCAAGGAGGAGGGGUUGAUGUCCGAGAAAGAUCGGACGUUGCAGGCUCAGAUCGAGGAACUGGAGCAGAAAUACUCCAAGAUCGAGGCCACGCGGAAAUCGUUACCGGUCUACGAGUACAGGGACGAACUAUUAGAAGCGAUCGCCGAGCACCAGGUAUUGAUCGUCGAAGCCGAGACCGGGUCGGGGAAGACGACACAACUACCGCAAUACCUUCACGAAGCGGGAUACACGAAAGGCGGGCUCAAAGUCGGCUGUACGCAGCCUCGACGAGUGGCCGCCAUGUCCGUCGCUGCACGUGUAGCGGAAGAGAUGGGAGUCAGACUGGGUCAAGAGGUCGGUUAUUCGAUCCGUUUCGAAGACGCUACAAGCGACAAGACGGUGCUCAAGUACAUGACGGAUGGGAUGCUGUUGAGAGAGUUCCUAACGGACCCAGAGCUGUCGACGUAUUCGGCGCUUGUCAUCGACGAAGCCCACGAGCGUACGCUGAGUACGGAUAUCUUGUUUGGACUGGUCAAGGAUAUUGCACGAUUCCGCCCAGAACUGCGGUUACUCAUCUCGAGUGCCACCCUGAACGCUCAAAAGUUUGCGAAAUACUUUGACGAUGCACCGAUCUUUCGAAUUCCCGGUCGAAGAUAUGCAGUUGAUCUGCAUUAUACCGCUCAGCCAGAGGCAAACUAUAUCCACGCGGCCGUCACGACCGUCUUCCAGAUUCAUACCAGUCAGCCCAAGGGAGACAUCUUGGUGUUUUUGACCGGUCAAGAAGAGAUCGAGGCAAUGGAGGAGAACUUGCGGGAAACAGCAAUGGCACUGGGGGACAAGGUGCCUGAAUUGAUCAUCGCCCCUAUCUAUGCGAACCUGCCGAGCGACAUGCAAGCCAAGAUUUUCGAGCCGACACCACCGGGGGCUCGAAAGGUCGUUCUUGCUACUAAUAUCGCCGAGACUUCGAUCACAAUCGACGGGGUCGUCUACGUGAUAGAUCCCGGGUUUGUCAAGCAGAAUAAUUACAACCCCAAGACCGGUAUGGAAUCCCUCGUAGUCGAGCCGAUCUCGCGAGCUUCCUCUUCCCAGCGAUCCGGUCGAGCCGGUCGAGUCGGUCCUGGAAAAGCGUUCCGGCUGUAUACGAAAUACGCGUACAACAACGAGCUCUUGGCGGACACGAUACCCGAAAUCCAGAGGACGAACCUCGGCAACGUCGUCCUCAUGCUGAAAUCCCUCGGUAUCAACGACCUGCUCAACUUUGAUUUCCUCGAUCCGCCACCGGCAGAGACGUUGAUCAAGUCGUUGGAGAACCUGUACGCGCUCGGGGCGUUGAAUCACAAGGGAGAGUUGACGAGGUUAGGAAGGAGAAUGGCAGAGUUCCCGGUGGAUCCACAGUUGUCCAAGGCGAUCAUCCAGAGCGAGGCAUUCGGGUGUACAGAUGAGGUCUUGACGAUCGUCUCGAUGCUGCAAGAAGCCCACGCCAUGCUCUACCGACCAAAGGACAAGAAAAUGCACGCCGACAAGGCUCAUCAGAAUUUCCAGAAACCCGGGGGAGAUCACUUCACUUUCUUGAACAUCUGGGAACAAUGGGUGGAUACGAAUUAUUCUCAGCAAUGGUGUUAUGAGAAUUUCUUACAGUUCAAGUCCCUCGGUCGAGUCCGGGACGUCCGGGACCAACUCGCCGGUCUCUGCGAACGAGUCGAAGUCGUCAUCAAAUCCAACCCGAACCCGGGCGACAUCGUACCUAUCCAAAAGGCCAUCUGUUCGGGGUACUUUUUCAACACGGCCCGUAUCCAAAAGGACGGAGGGUACCGGACGACGAAGAGCAAUCAGACGGUCUAUAUCCACCCGACUUCGGCGCUGUUCCAGGCUCAGCCCCCACCGAGAUUUAUACUCUAUUACGAGCUGGUCUUGACGAGCAAGGAGUUUAUGAGGCAGUGCAUGCCUAUCGAGGGGAUGUGGUUGUUGGAACUCGCUCCGCACGCGUUCAACAAGGAACAGGUGGACAUGGGUUCACAGACGAAAAAGAUGCCAAAGACGAGACAACAACCCGCGAUCGGGCCGGUGGAAUGAGAGAUGCAUUCUGCCCCAAUCGGAAACUGAAGAGCCAAGCAGGAGACGGAAACGGAAGAAGGGGAAACAACAAGGAUUUUCGUACCUUUCUUUUUUCAACCUUGUCGAAGUACUCGUACGAAAUAAAAGAAAAUAUGAAAGAACCCGG